AUGUCGGUGGAAAUUGAGUUUUUCGACCUGCCUAGUAAAUCACCUUGCAAGGCUUGGUCCAUCAACACCCUUCGCACGCGUUUCAUCCUGAACUACAAAAACAUCCCAUACAAAACUACUUGGGUUGAAUACCCGGAUAUAGAGCCCACUUUCAAAUCUUUUGGUAUUCCAGCCAAUGAGUCUGGUACGGCUUAUACUGUUCCCACCAUUAAAUUACCCGAUGGCAGAUAUCUGAUGGACUCCCAACGCAUUGCGCAGGAACUUGAGAAAUUGUACCCCGAACCGUCCCUUUACCUUGACGACCCAAUUCUCCAAGAGGUGUUGGAGGCUUUCGCAACCCUCUCUCCUGCGAUCGCUGGUGUAUACCUGCCAAAGUGUGCGAGGAAUGUUCAAACUCCGAGGUCAAAGGAGUAUUUUGAACGCACAAGGUCGGCGAAAUACGGAAUGCCAUUGGAUCAGCUGGAGCAGGAGACAGGUGGAGACGAUGCAUUCAAGCGAGCAAAGCCGGGCCUGAAGAUGGUAGGGGAGGUUUUGAGGGCUAAGGGAGGCCCAUUUUGUUUGGGCGAGGUCGUAAGUUAUGCUGACAUUGUUAUUCUUGGUGCCUCUGUUAUGUUUGAGAGGAUUGGAGAAGGCGUCUUUGAGAAGUUUGUGGAGAUUGAGCCGAGCAUAAGGAGAUUGGUGGAGGCGAGUGGCAACUUGUUGGACAGAGUUGACCACUAA